AACUUCUGCAGUGUGGAAGCCCAUGAUGAGUUUAGACCUCCCAUAGGCAAACGUAUCGCUGAUAUAAAUUUCAACACUGUGGACGACCUAAAUUACAAGUUGCCGGUAUCGACUUCAACACUGUGGAAGACCAAAAUAAGUUCCGUCCUCCCAGAAGCAAACGCAAUGCUGGCAUAGACUUCAACACUAAGGAAGAUUAA